AUGAAGUUACAUUAUUUUUCGUCCAAUGCCGAAAAAUAUGAAGAAAUUAGAGAACUUCUUCCGUUCCCACUCCACCACAAAAAGGUAAAAUUUACCAAAGAACAAAGUUCCUUGAAGGACAUUGUGCUUAGGAAAUUAAAACAGCUGAAAAACUUAUAUCCAGAUGACAUCAUACUUGUUGAUAGUUUUGGUCUGGAACUUGAGGGUCUUCAUGGACUGCCGGGUCCUUAUGUUGAAGCCUUCCUUAAUAUGGGAUACGAAAAUAUUGAAAACAUUGUACAAAAAGUAGGAAGGAAAGCAAGGGCAAAGAAUGUGCUGGGUCUUUCGAUUUUCGAAAGUGUGAUCCUGUUUGAGGGUAUAUGUGACGGACAAAUAGUGGAGGCUCGCGGCACAUAUAGCACGGGGUUUGACCGGAUAUUUAUGGUGGACAGGGACUGUUGCACACUUGCAGAGCAUGUAUUUAAUGAAAAAAAAGUUAUUUCACCGAGAGGUUGUUCUGUAUUCUAUCUUGUAAAAUAUUGUGAAAGGAACCAAAUCAUUCGCCUGUUUAGCUGAGAAUGAAAGAACAUAGAAUAAACCUAAGUUGCU